CGUGUCGUGUCGUGUCGUGUCGUGCCACAUUCCCAACAUCCUGUUAACGAGAUUCGAGAGCGCGCCUCGCGAAAAUUUACGGAUCUUCCUUAACAAUAAAAUACAAGGACUGUCGCACACCGUCGCAUCGUCGCGCGUUUCUUGUAUACAAACAAAAUUCCUGUUGUAGUUGAUUCACCCCGAUGGAAAGCGAACGCGUGAUUUGUAUUGGCUAAUGAAACGCAAUUGGGUGGAGAGGAGAAAGAGAGAGAGAAAAAACUCGAUUCCAUCCGAUUUUAUAUUUCCCCUUUUUUACAUUCUCUUUCGAAUUUUUCAAAAUUCCGAAUUUUCUGUGGUGGGGAAGCGAGAAUGAUGGGACGAUAAGAUAUUGGAUGGAAGAAGGCAGAGACCGUGGACCGCAAAGAUCGAUCCCCGCGCGAGAGAUGUGGAGCGGCGAUACGAGCCGAGAGCCGAUCUAAUCUCGCGGCUGGCCGCCGUUAUCGCCAGUCUCGCGUCAACGUUCGACGGUGUACAACGCGUUCAUUCCUCGUUCGUGUUCUCUAAUUCGACGAUCGAAAUCGCGAGAAACACGCACGGUGGCGACGUUUCCACGGUGCUAGAUAAAUAAAAUACGCGGAUCGAUAAUCACCGUGGAGACGAGCGGUAAACGACUUGUUCGUCGCUCCCUCUUCCGAGCCUCGAAAUUAUUCGCGUUCGAUAAAUUCGAACUUGUUCGUUUUAUUGAAUUCUCCCGUUGUGCGGCCAGUUUCUUUCUUCUUUUUUCUUGUUUCAGUUUGCAGGAUAAUAGUGUUGAUCGUUAAGGAAGGAAAAAGGUAGUAGCCUCGAUCGAUCGAUACCAAUUAGGGAAAUACGAAAAGUGGACUGCGUUGAUUCAUCGACGCGAAAGAAGGUAACUGUGUUACCGAUCGAUUCGAUGUUCUUCCAAUCCCACGCUUACACGUCCCGAUUAUUAUUAAAUUUUUUCGUUCGAGAAAAAGAGUUUUUAAAGUUUCUCCAAUCCGGCUCGCGUUUUAUUAAACGCGAUUGCGCAACGCCGUCCGAGUUUUCUUUCGCCACGGUGUGCCCCGACGUCACUUUCUCUUCUCUCGUGGAAAAUUAUUACGUUCCGCAAUUUCCGCCGGACCCGGCGGCGCGCCAACCAACGCGCGUAUCCGGUUGGAAUGCAAACGGACGGAUCGUGCAGGUGGUAGAGGUGUGACCGAGCGCUGCGAAACACCGCCGAUUUUGCAAUAACAAACGAUCGAACGUGUUGCUGCCGUUCGAAACGUAAUUCCAGGCUCGAAAAUCCCGCCAACCUUCUUCUAUUCGCUUCUUCUAAACCCGUGUUCCAAGAUAUUUCGAUUUUACAAAAUUAUUUAUUGGAAACGAAUUGUGCAGGCUAAAUAUAUAACUUCUCUUUUUCAAGGUCUUUGAAAAGUAUAGAUAAUUCUUUAGUUCGAUGGGAAAUUAUCAUUCGCGUAAACAAAUGUGGGAUUAAUUUUAAAUAUUCUCUUAUCGAUGAUUCGCUCGCAAUCGCAAUAUAAAAGUUGUCAGAAACGAAACGUUCUAAUCCACACUUUUUCCUUCGCUUUUUUUUUUUUCACACAUAAUCAUCGCGCAAUCAUUCCUAAUAUAUCACGUCGAACAGCGUUAAACUUUCGUUCGAAUCUCGUCGAUUAAAUCGAACGAAAGGAAAACUCUCUCGCGCAGGAGUUCUUUUUUGCGGCGAUAGAAGCGCCUCUCGAUUCGCGAUUCGAGGAUAAGCGUUGGGUAAACACCGUGGGCGUCCCGACGUGGGCACCACGUCUUUGGCCUGGAUUUUGCCUAGGAAACUUACCUCGAUCGAUGAUUCUAAUCCAAUAACGGGCAAAGAAGAAAAAAAGACGCAGCCAUUUCCAAAGGUUGCGUCAUUCGUAGCAGGGCCUCGCUACGACACGAUAGAUACACUUUUCGAACAGCACGCGAAAGAAUAGCGUGGAUAAUUUCGGUCGAAAAUGGUGCAGAGGAUAGAGAAGGUCGCGUGGGAAAACACGGGUCCACGAGGUGAACCGAGGGAAAAGGAGGACGAGACGAGAGACGGUCGUGAAAUCUUGAGAAAAGUGAUACGCGAAAACUAGGUAGUGGUAGUUGGCUCGUUAAACGCAAUUAGGAAGGAGGGCGCGAUUGUUCUGCCAUCUGUGGUCGAAGGAUACGCGCAUUCUCAUUGGCCGAAACGAGAAGUGUCGUAUCCUCGAAUCGUUUUCGUCAAAGGAUCAUUAUCCACGAUAUAUACAUACAUAUAUACACACAAACAGAUAGUUCGCCUCUCUUGUUUUCUUCUCGAGAUCUCGAAGGAAGGAAGGAAAUAUAGGAAGGAAUAUUCCGUGGAAAUAUUGCAGAGACUUUUUCCAACUUUUCUCGAGGAUCCGAUGUGAAGAAAUUGUUAGGAGUUAAGGAAGGAGAGAAUCGUGGAGAGGAAGAGAGAAGAUGGUGGUGUCCCGGCGGGAGGGUAGCAUAUCGUCCAACAUACGGGCGAUAAUCGAGCAGCUGAACCUGAAUCCGGUGGAGAGGAGGCGGUUGAUCGACCGGACGAAGCAGGACGGCGCGCGAUGCGUGGUGGGGUACCACCAGGGCGUGCAGCCCGCGGCGAAGAUCAGCAUCGGCGUGUACGGGUGCAAGGAGAAGGUCGGUUACGAGAUACCGGGCGGCGGCCCGAUCAGGCGCGCGGUGUGCAGGCUCGGGCCGGAUCGGUCGAGGCCCAGGCAGGAAGCGGGCCAGCGAAAGAUCUUAGCCCCGAUUAAGAAGGAAGGCGCGGCCCGCGAGGAUGCGGCGAUCGAGGAGGAGAAGGCGGAGGAUAAUGGGUUCGGAUCGAUAAGAUCGAUGAGGAAAAUCGAGGAUCGACCGAGACCGAGGCCGGAGAGCGGGCGGACGGCGACGAUCCCUCAGGCGAACCGAGAGCGAUCGGUUCGAGCUGAAGAUACGAUCGAGGAUAAAGGGACGGCGAGAUGUUCGAGGAUCGAGGAUCGGCAACGCUCGAAGCCGGAGACGAGGCAGAGGAUCCCGCCGUUGAUCAAAGACGCGAUCCCACGAAUCGAGGAGGAGGAGGUUAUCGAGGGCUCAAAAUCGCCCAAGGACACGGUCGAUCGUGUUGUCCCCGUGGCCAAAGAAGAUUUGCCGGAGUUGGAGAGCGCCAGUUUGAGCCACACGGCGGCCCACCACCGAAUAUCGGUCCGGCCUAAGAACCGAAGGCCUCCGAGGAGGAGCGGGUCGCAAGUGGCGAGCACGCCCACGUCGACCAUCACGACGAUUGCCGAGGACUCGUUGGACAGCCUGCAAACGACGACGGGGAACAACAGCAACGCGUCCACGCCGACCGAGCCGAAGAACCCGUCGAUCGGCAGGAAAUCGUCGAAUCGCUUGUCGCGCACGUCCGACAUCUUCGAGGAGUUGGAGGCUAAGCUGCCUAGGAAGCCGCCUAGCGUCGCCUCCCUGUCCCCGGACAGCCUGGACGCGGUCGAGGCGAGCAACGACGACGAGCAAACGAUGAUCGGCAGGAAAUCGUCGAGUCGCGCGCCAAAGAAUACGGAUGUGUUCGAGGAGUUGGAAGCGAAGCUUCCCAGAAGGAGAUCGGCAUCGAACAGGUCGUCGAAAUCGCCCGACAGUUUGGAGACGGCGGCUCCAAACGGUUGGUUCUCCAAGUCGACCGAGGGGUUCGAGAAGUUGAUGGAGUACGAGGAGGUGAAACCGGUCACUCGAAGAUUGCCGAUCUCGAAAUCGACCGAUCGGGUGUCCAAGUCGUCCGACAGUUUGGAGGCGAUCGAGGCGUUGACCAGCGACGAGUCGAUCGAGCGUAGAAGGAGCAGCUUCGAGUUGCGCGCACGCAGAUCGUCCAAGAAGAUGUCCAAAUCGUCGGAGAGUUUCGAGAUGUUGGAGCAGAUCGGUACGGAGAGCGUUGUCGCCGUUCAAGAUUGCCUUCAGAAGAGGAGCAGCGUGUCGGACAUCAACUUGUCGAGGGGAAGAAGAUUGUCGAAGAGCAUCUCGAAAUCGUCGGAGGAUUUCGAGAGGAUCGAGAUAAGCGAGUCGAAGGAGGAGGGGGGGGAUGGGGCGAGGGAGAGUUUGGGCAAGUGUUGCAGGAGGUCGUCGAAACGGGUGUCGUCCGAGAGCUCCGAUAAUCUCGACUCGGAGGACAGAUUGGAGAACAGAAGGAUGAGGAGGGCGCCGAAGAGGAUACCGAGCACCAGCUACGUGGACAUCGUACCGAUGGACGAUCAGGAGGAGGAGAAGAGAGCCGUGCAGAGGAAACCGUGCAGGCUUCAAAAGUCGUCCGAGAGCUCGGAGUUGGGAAGCACGGAUACUUUGGACUCCGAGAGGAGGAACAAAUCGUCCGAGAGUACCGAAACUUUGGACAGUUUGGAGAGAGAUUUGGAUCAGGAUAGGAAACAGGAAGAUCUUGCCGACACCGUUGUUGUUGCGGACAGACGCGAGAAGAGCGAUCCUUGGACCAAUAAAUCCUUAACGAUGUCGCAUUCGGAUCAAAUGGCGGACAAUACCGAAGACUCGAAACCGUUGAUCUCGCCGGAUAAAUUCUACUGGCGCCAAUCGUCGGAAUCGAAGGAGAACAUCGACAUUCAUCAACUGCUAGCCAUCACUAUAGUUACCAGAAUGGCCGACAACGGCAACAAUCAACGAAGCUCUGUGAUUUAUCCUAAGAAAAAACAACAGAUCACCACGUCGCAGCCUACCUCGCCGGUCGCUAAACAAGAGGACAACAAGAUGAUUUUUGACAAUCUCCUCGUUAGCAAGAACGACGAGGAUUUACAAAAUAUGUUGAACGGCAAUAUAUCCGAAGUGUCCACGGAUACGAAGAGUUUCAAGGAGAAGUUGAUCAUGUUCGAGAAACUCGGAAAAUAAACAUUGCAUACGCAUUCAUGCGUAUCAACAGACAUGCGUCGUUUCGUUCAUUUUGGAAGGCGAGUAGAAAAAGAAUCGAUGCGGUUAAAAAAAUGAGAAAAAAAAUCAGAAUUAUAUAAAGCAAAAGAAACCCCCUUUUUCUGUAAACUUUUUUAUAUCUGGAUUUUAUUUGUAGACUGAAUAAGCUGUGGAAAUAAUGAAAUAACGAACGAAGAUGUGUUCGACUGGUUAAGACUACACAUAAGAUGGACAAUAAUAUAAAAAUUAUUUACCUUAAAUUUUUAUAACGUUUUUCAUAAAACAUGUCUUCGUUUCAAAACUCGUUGUAAACUUGAACAAAAGUAAAAGGGAAAGAAGCAGAAGUGGAAAAUGAUGGAAAUGAUCGAUAUGUAAAAAGAAAAAGAAAAAAGAAAAAGAAAAAAAAAAAAUUUAAGUUCGCCUGUGGCGAGAAAGUUGUAAGGUUUAACGUGUUUAAACGUAACUAGCUGUAAUUAUUUGCGAUUCGUGUGUUAUUUAACUUCUUCCGUUGCAAUCGUAUUUUGUUUUUUCUUCUUUUCUUAACAAACUUCACAUACACGAUAAGAUAGCCGAUCAUACAAAAAAAUGCAGUAUUAGGUGGUGCGCGAUAUCGCAAAGCAAUAUAGUCGCGCGUCGUGCUUACAAAUUCUUCUCGUGUUAGGAGUUAGUGUUUCUUGUUGUACAGUAGUUUAGAGACGCCAAUAAAUGUCGUGUUUCGUUCCACUGUGUAAAUACAAAGAAGAAAACCCCGUUACAGAAUUAGACACGAUCGCGAAUGAAAGAAUACGAAUUUAAAGAAUAUAAAAAAAAAAAAAGAGAAUAGAUAAAAAUAGCGUCGACACGUAUUUACAAAGUGUUUAAUGGCCAGGCGAGCCAUAAAACAAACACAGGGUAUGUUGUUAGACAAACAUAGUUGGAAAUUAUUCAUAUCUAGAGACGUUAUGGUAAUCUUUUUUUUUGGAAAAUGCUGUCUUUCCAUACUGAUGUAACAAUUUUUAAAAGUAAUUCGUUUGAAAAAUCGAAAAUGUUUCUAGUGUUUAUUUAUUUAUUUUUUUUUUUUUUUCGUAUUUUCAGUACACGAUAAACGGAUUUUAAUUUUUGAUUAUUUAUCAUUUGAAAUGAUCAAAAAUUUCACGUUGAGAUGAAAAAAAAAAAAUCAUGACUUUUUGCCGUGUACGUUUAAAAAAAAAAAAAAUAAUGGUUCAUCGUAGGGUGAAGAAAAGACGUUAAAGCGUAUCGUCUCUAUCACGUAACACCGCGUGAAAGACAAGAUACUUCUUUCCAGUCUUUUAAGUGCCUUAACGAAAAAGUAAGUAUUAGGGAAUCGACUGGUUGCAAAACAUUGUUGGAUAAAUCAGAAACUCACUUUCCUCUCUCUCUCUCUCUCUUGAUCACAUCUCUUUUUUAGUUUUCUAGCCGAUCAUAAACGUCUCAAAUCCCAAAAAAUAUGCAUAGAUUGUUAGAUUAAUAAAAAUAUAAAUAGAGAAUUGAAUUAAUAAUGUAAGAAUUCUCUAAAAAACGAAUAAGAAUUCGCAUAAUUAAAAGAAAUAUAUAAAUAAAUAAAUACGUAAAUAUAAAUAUAUAUACGUACGUGUAUAUAUUUAUAUUUGUAUAUAUAUAUCUAUAUACACAUAUAUAUAUAUAUUGUGUAUAUAUAUAUAUAUAUACAUAUAAUACAAAAAGAUCACCCGUUUUAAUGUAAAUAAAGCUGCCAUCGUAAUUACAGUUCGACAACAAAAUUUUUUUUCUCUUUAUUAAACCUGCAUUCCAAUGCGCCAAUCACGGACGUAUCCUUAAAAAAUUACAAAAUACCUCGACACACUAAAUAUAUUAUCUACUUUACACGUGGCAAUUUAUGAAUUUUCUUUCGACAUUCCUGCAUGUAUGAGCGUGUAUGUAUAUAUAGGUGAGUCUACAAUGAAUUUUUCAGUUCAUUUUUUUUUUUCUUUUUUUUUUUUUUUUCUAAGAAUUUGUA